AGAAGGAGAAGGAGAAGGAGAAGGAGAAGGAGAAGGUCGUCGUGGAGAAGAGGAAAAGUGACGACAACGAGAAUAAAGCGUAUCCCAAAAAUGACAUGCAAAAUGAAUCGGUUGAAAGCAAAGAAAAAAACGAUGUAACCGCCAUGCCUGCUAAUAUCGAGUCGUCAUGUGGUCCAUCUGAAGAUGCGAGAGAAGGAAUUCCGAAAGAAAUUCCAUUUGAUAAAAGUUUUUCUGAAACCAACAACAAAUUACCCGGGAAUGGAAUAAAAGUUAGCGAUGCAAAAUCCUAUGGAAGAGGAAGUUCGUGCCAAAAUCAAGCUGCUGUCUUACAUGACAACGAAAGUAAACCCCUCAAGACGUCUGGACGAGCGAGAGGUGCUCUAAGUCAUCAACAAUUAGCUGCAAAUUUUUCAGCUUCAAAGCCUGGGCAUGCAGUAAGAGAGGAUUCCACAACUGCUGAUAUGAGUUACAAAGAUGGUAGUGAUUCAUCAAAAUGUGAUCUCAAGGUCCCACCUGGACUAAAUGUAAGCCUAGAAGGCUUAAAGUUGGCAAAAACGGCUAGUCAAAAAAGCGAAGCAACGACAUCUUAUAGGGAGGAUGAUAUUUUAAAUGCAAGAAAGAAGCCUCUAGAAAGUGAGUUUAAAGAUACAACAGAUGAAGUCCCAUCUAAGAAAGCCAAAGUUGACGAGGGGAGCAUAGAAAAAAACGGGGAAGGAUCGACGAAACAAGGAAACAAGAUAGCAAAAGAGAUCGAAGAUACGUCGGACUCGACAUCUCAUAAAAGCGAGAAAGAUGAUAAAAAAGAAGUCAAAGAAGUAAGAAAAACUGAGUCUGAUGUGUCUAAGAGCAACACCAAUUCUAAGGAAGAAAAUGACGAGGAUAAGCGUGUUGGUAAAAACGAGACUGACGAGAGAAAGAAAGAAAGCGAGGCUGAAGAGGAAGAAGAGGGCAAUGCUGCAUCUGCAGAAACAACUGAAGCUAAUAAACCAAUGGAUUCCAAAGUCAGGCAUGGAGGUGUUGGUCAAAGUUCUCAAGACGCCAAAGAUGAAAGCAAUGUUGCAUCUGGAGAAGCAUUUGAACCUAAGAAACAUAUGAAUUCCAAGGUACAUGGUUGUGGUGAUGAAAAACGUUAUAACCAAGACAAAAAAGACGAAAGCAGUACUGCGCCUGUAAAAGCAACUGAACCUGAGAAACCAAUGGAUUCCAAUUACGAGCGCAUUGGUGAUGAAAAAAGUUCUCAUCA